CACUGGCUGCCUUUCUUCUUGGUAAAUAAGCGCCCUCUUCUCUUCCUCUAGCUCUCUUCUUUGUUCUUGUGUUCUUCACUUCUUUGAGCUAGCGAGAGAGCCAAAACCCCAAGUAACUGCUAGCUGGGCAACGGAUUGGUGAUUGAUUUUUUUCUCUUCUCUAGUUGCAGCUUCAAUUAGCAAGUAUACCCAUGGCAGAUGAUGGUAGGAAUUCGGACGAACUGGACAAAAUAAUGCAACAGAUACAAAACCUGCAAGUCGAGAGUAGCUCCAGCGCUGAUGAUCGCCGGAGAAGACACGAAAGGAGUGCAAUCUUUCACGUGAAUGAGAAGUACGGAGCGUAUCUGGGCUACGAGUUCGACUGCGAGAGAGGAGACGCGGUGGCUCAUGGGCUGGUGACCGUGGAGUGCGACCCUGACACCGGAGAGAUCAGCCACCGGGAGGCGACGUUCCUCGUCCUGAGGAGGGGCGAGUCCGGGAGGAGGGACGCGGUGAGGAUGUUCGAAGCGACCUGCAGGCUCAGGGGAUCCGUGGCGAUCGCCAACGCCUUCCUCGUCGCCAAUUGUGAUGGCCUCAAGAGAUGGGUCAUCUGCUACGAGAAGCUGGCUGGCAUUCUGAGUGACUACCCUGAUGAUCAUAUGCUGACAACCUUUGGGGCCUUCUCUUCAAAUGGGACAGACAGCCUCUCGCCGUAUUGGAGCAAUCAGAUCAAGAUGAUCAUUACAACAUUGUCAGACAUGGGGAUAAGAAAUGUAAGUCACGGGGGCAUGUCAAACCCUGAAAGUUAUGCUCUUACCGAAAGUCUAGACAUCAAGUUGAUUAACAUGGGCAAAAAUGAAAAUUCGAGGACGUAUCAGCACGACCUUGCAGAUUUUGGUACAUUUCUGUGCCAGACUCCAUACAUCGGUGCCUCCAAAUGCACUAGUUGGACGGGAUUUCAUUUCUUAAUAAAUUCAAAUGCAAUGUCACAACGGUACUUAUGGGCUGACAUAGUUAAGGGGCAUCCACUUUUUCUUGAUCCGCCAUCAAAACUUAGAUGUUACGUGAAUCUGUUUGAGUGGUCAGAAUUGAUCCAAAUAUCAGAGAAAACGGCUUUUUGUGAUGCAUGUUACAAAUUAAUGCCUGAUCUCACACAAAAAACACUUUGGGGUUGGAUAAGUUGUUGCCCAGCUUCUGUCAAGAUUUAUUUGAAUCAAGCUUAUAAAGGAAUUAGCAUCUAUGAAGAUAUCAUCACUUUUGUAAAGAACAUGAUACUUCAUGGAAGACAGGAACUCAUGAAUGCAAAUGGGGGGCGAUGGUCAGAUGCACAUUUCUGCCACAAAAUAGAGCAACUUUUUCCAGGGUUCAUGAGUGUGGCCUACGCACUUUCAAAGGCUACAAGGAGUGACUUGAAUAAGUUGCUGGGAAGGGCUUGACAAAUUAAGUUGCUGGAUCCAUACACCACUUCUCUCGAUUGUUAAUUGCUGUUGACUAGUGAGCAAUGGCCACUGCAUUGAGAUGGAGAGGGAGCUUAGCUUUAGUGCAGCUCGUCGUAUCCUAUAUUUGUAUUAGAUGAACCAAACUAUUAUAUAUUGCUAGUUAUGUGUUAACUGGAGACGAACGGUUUGUAAUAUUGUUGGAUAUAUAUUAGCACAUUAAUUUGUGCUUAUUUGAUUUCCUAGAACUAUUAA